GGCUACCUCCUCGGCCACUCCCGCUGGCCGUUGGGCUGCUUGCCGAAGUCCCGCCCCCAGAUCACCCCCACCUCGGAACCGCUCUAGUGGCGGCGACCCAUGUGGGGGUUCAGGUUCCUGCGGUCCCCGCCGCUGCUCCUCCUGCUGCCGCAGCUCGGAAUCGGAGACGCCUUGUCCUGCCUGCAGGCCAGAACCAUGAACCCGGGCGGCAGCAGUGGUGCACGAUGCUCCUCCGCGGUCGAGGGACGCCGCCAGCAGUGCCUGCAGUUGUCCACUGUGCCAGGAGCCGACCCGCAGCGCACUAACGAGGUGCUCCUGCUGGCGGCAGUGAGAGAGGGAUCAGAACGGCAGGACCUCCCUAGGGACCCGGCAAAGGAGGAACCGCAACCGCCGCCCCAGCAUCACGUCCUCUAUUUUCCCGGGGAUGUACAGAAUUACCAUGAAAUUAUGACUCGUCAUCCUGAGAAUUACCAGUGGGAAAACUGGAGUCUAGAAAACGUUGCCACCAUUUUAGCCCACCGGUUCCCCAAUAGUUAUAUUUGGGUGAUAAAGUGUUCCCGAAUGCAUUUGCACAAAUUCAGCUGCUAUGACAAUUUUGUGAAAAGCAACAUGUUUGGUGCCCCAGAACACAGUACUGACUUUGGAGCUUUUAAGCACCUUUAUAUGUUAUUGGUUAAUGCUUUUAACUUAAGUCAGAAUGGUUUGCUAUCGAAGAAUGGCAAUGUUUGGAAUAAGGACUCCAAAACAUCUAACUGUAGAUCUAAUUCUUCUCCUACUACUAGUAAUGGUUGCCAGGGAGAAAAAGAGAGGACCUGUGAAAAAUCUGAUGAGUCUGCCCCGAGUUUUAAUCCACCAUCACUAAAUGGUGCAUCUUUUACUUUGAUUGGAUUCAGUAAAGGUUGUGUCGUUUUGAAUCAGUUGCUUUUUGAAUUGAAAGAAGCCAAGAAAGACAAGAACAUAGAUGGUUUCAUCAAAAGCAUAAGAACGAUGUAUUGGCUGGAUGGUGGUCAUUCUGGAGGAAGCAAUACAUGGGUUACAUAUCCAGAAGUCUUGAAAGAAUUUGCACAAACAGGGAUUAUUGUUCACACCCACGUAACACCUUACCAAGUACAUGAUCCAAUGAGAUCUUGGAUUGGAAAGGAGCAUAAGAAAUUUGUUCAGAUACUUGAGGAUUUUGGUAUGCAGGUGACUAGUCAAAUUCAUUUUACAAAGGAAGCUCCUUCUAUAGAGAAUCACUUCAGGGUUCAUGAGGUAUUUUGAGACUACAAGAAUAUUAAUGUACUUGUUUAGAGGAAAAGCAUAUGCACUUUGAGUGCUGUAAAUUCAGAUAAUGACAUGUAAGAUGCAAUUCAUAAAUGCAUUGUCAGUCUGGGGGUUAGGGAGAAGCACACAUUCCUAAAAUAUGGGUGUAAUAUGCAAUAGUAUUCCUUGCUUGUGAUUGUGAACAGUUUUUAAUUUGGAUUGGGUUAGAUUAGUUAAUUUGAAAUCUAAAAAGGUGGUUUGUGAUAAUUCUAUGAGAAAAUAUAGGACCCUUAAAAAUGAAGGUUAAUGACAACUAAAAUUGCUAUUGUUGGAAAUAGUUGAUUCUUUGAGUAAUGUUUCAAACUAAAUUUGGUGACAUUAUAACAGCAGUUAGCUAUUUUGGCACUGAAAACUUGAGUGGAAGCACUUCAUUUCUCUUCAGACAAAGCAAAAGCACCCUGAUGUUUUCCAUCAUUUUGGAGUAACAAUCCUGCCUCUUACGUUUUAUAAACUUAUGAAUUCAUUCUUAAUGUACAACAAGUUUUUUUUUUCUUGAGAGUCAAAUAUAUUUCCAGUUCUCCAAGAAUGUGUAAUAGCAUAAAGCUGAUUUUUUAAGCUUUACACUUAUGCACUGUGGCUUAAUUUUUAAUUGACAGUUUUUAAUUGACUGUUUUGGGCUUUCUUAAAUAUUGGCCAAAAUACAGUUGUUUUUGAAAAUUGGUUUAAAUUGAAUAUAAUUAUAUAUAUAUAAUUAUAUAUAUAAAUAUAUAAUUAUAUAUAUAUAUAAAAAUAUAUGUAUAUAUAUAUAUAUAUUUGAUAAAAAUAUACUACAGAGUAGAUUUCAAAUUUUCAUUAUGUUAGUAUUUUGAAAGAGAUCAACUUAGGUAAAAUAAAUAUAUAAUACUCUAUCAGCUGCUCUAUUGAAAAGGAAACAGAUUCCAUAGAUCUAAAUCAGUGUUUCUCCAGAAACAUGAUUUUGUCUGCCAAAAGAAAAUAGCUCUCUUUGGCCAAAAUGCAAAAUUACAUUGCUAUAAGAAAAAUUACAAGGGAAAGUUUGAAGACACAAAUGAUUUAAUUUUGGCUCAAAAACUGAAUUUGCUUAACACUACUACAUAAUUUGGGUGAAAUUUCCUUCUGCCCGUUUUUCUUGACCUAGAUAAAUACAUUUUGAGAAACCAAGAUCUAAUGAAUUUUAACCAACAUUGGAAUAUGGCUGUGUGAUUAUAAAAGCUGACCAGUUACUUUUUUAUAGUUUAUUAAUAAUGCUUUUGCAGGUCAUGAAAUAACUAAGCAGGGAAGUAACAUGCUGCUUUAGGACUGAAAAAAGUAAAAUGCUAAAGAUGACUAUCUUAAUGACCCAGAGGACCUAAAUUUAUUAAACAAUAUAAGGCAAAAAUGUUUAUUUAUUGAUUUCUUCCCAGAAUUACAUCUUAAUUACUCUGUAAAUACAUUCCAAAUAGAGACUCAUGAGAAAGGAUUCUUAACCAGAUACUUUAAAACAAACAUAAUUCUAUUAACUGUACAAGAGUAGUAUCUAAAUUUUUAAAAUACCUUCUUUCCAGACCAAAAAUUUCUAUCACAGAAACAAGUUGAAUAGAUUCUAAUAUUUUAUGUGUUACCUGCCUUAAAGCACCAUGAUUGGGUGGCUUUUUUCAAUUUAAUAAUUCUUUUGUUAAAUUCACUUGUAUCUAAUAAAAUAGCUGAGUUACUGAAAUGAGCUAAGAAGGGACAAAGAAAAGGCUUUUCUUUUCACAGGUUUAACUAAACUGGAAAAAUAGGACUUUUAAUAGACAAAUUCAUUUUAAAAAUAUGAAAUAUUUGAAUCUGAAUUCACCUAUCCAGUCACAUGAAUGCUUAAUUAUAAUUGUUAUAUAUCAAAUGGAGGAGAUAUUAAGAAUGACCCACUGGGUACCUAAAACUGCUAUCACAUCAAAGUGAGACAAUAUUGAAAAGUAAAAAUAUUUUCAGAAGUGAAAUAUAUUCUAGGUGAUCCAUAUACAAACAUUUGUUUGACCCUUUAGAUUGGUCCUUUCUCCACAUUUAGAACUGUUAUUGUAAAUGUUAGUAUAUCCUCUUGGAUUGUGCCUUUGUGAUGAAAGAGUCAAUUGAGAAAAGUAGUCCUACAAAUAAUGUGAAAGUUGUUACCACCACAGCAUGAAUGUAUAAUUGUAUUAAAAUUAAUAAUCUACAGAAGUGUGUUUUGAUGUGCUUUAUGUUGUCAACAUUGUUAAAACUUCAUAUCAUUUGAAUGAAUGGAAGCUUUAUCUCUAUCUUGCCAGUUUUGGUUUCUAUAUAUGCUUUCAUUAACCUCCAUGAUUUUUUGAGUGAGCAACUCUGAAAAAUCUUUUCUGUAAAAACAGAACCAUUCUCCUUUUUAAAUUACUCCAUAAAAAUUUGCAUUCUAUCCAUUUUUUUUUCUGUUGCAUUUUUUAGAGCACUAAGUCUCUUUUAAGUUCUUCCUUUUCUUUGCUCAUCAUUUCAGGUAUCUGUAUUUUAGCUCCUUCAGAGUUUCUUAGAAUUUAUGUAGUAUGAUCCAGUUCUCAUUUCAUUCAUGCACCAAUGUCUGGGCAUCCACCAAGAGCAAACAGAGUCUAGACCAUAAGGAUAUAGCACAAAGUCCCAGUGUGUUACUAUGGAAAUAUGUAAUAGAUGAAAUCUAGAAUGGAUAUAAAGAGAGAGAUAUAUAACAAAAGGUAGUAGUCAUAAACUAGUGUGUUUUAUUUUCAUUUGAGGGUCUUUAAGAAAAACAUGCCUUAGAGGAUGAGAUAUAAAUAGCUUAAUUUCUAAGUCUAGUUGCUCUAUACAAGGGCA